ACAGUACGCGAAGCAGCAGCGAAACCCACACGAAGAUUCGCGGGACCACGCCUGGCAAGUUCCGUCAUACCCGCGCUUCCGCGAAACAGCGCGCGGCGUUCGUGUGUACCUUGCACCCUUUUAACUCCGCAGCUGUCCCCUCUUUUCUUCCCCUUACAGUAAUAUUCUACCAUCCAUCACAAUGGCUGCCGUUAGUCGUCAACCGUUUGCUCCCCUUAAUGAGGGGAGGUUGUCGGGACUGACGAGUUUGAAGAACAGACAGAAUGCCCUCUCUACCAAGAGGAAGGCCGCUGAGGUUGAUCCUCUUGACGAUGCCGAAAAUGUUGACCCCAGCAUGUUCUCGAAGCGGGCAAAGUCUUCGCACUCCAACAUCAUGAAGCCUUCCCAGUAUGUCCUCAAGAAGGCCAGCAAACCAGUCAUUUCUCUCGGAAAGAGCAUUCUCGGCAACGCAUCCACUCAACCCAGGCAUAUCCUCCAAGCCAAGUCUCAGCAGAUUCGUCUCAACACUCGCAUUGCCACUCCCACAACUCUCACUGCCCCCGCCGGCCGAUCCCCCACUCGCGGCUCCAAGAAGGGCGGUAUCCUUUCCAAGCGCCGCAUCCAGCGCGUCGAUCCCCCCUCAUUUGGAGGAGUUUCUGCACCUUUUUCCCUCGAUGCCGCCCUCAAGGGUAUCAUUCCCAGCUAUUCCGGCGGCCUUGGCGAGACCAAGUCAACAAAAUCCACCACCACCAAACCCGAAUCCUUCACCCCCUCAACCAUGAAGUCUGACUGGUUCUUCGACAUCCACGAAGACACUCCCGAGCAGGAAAUGACCAACCUCCUGCAGCAUAGCACCUGCGUCCUCGACAUCAGCAGUGACGAAGAAACCGAAAAGCGCGAGACGCGCGAGUGCGCAGAGGGACGCGACAAGGAGAACGUGCCGCCUACCGAUGAUGUCAGCCAGACCCAGUCCGCACGGACUCCUUCGACACGAGGUGCAAAUUCGAAUGCAGGUUCGGAUGCGGAUGACAUGAUUGUGGAGAAGAACAGGGGUCCGUUGCAGGAGAUGGACAGCCAAGAUUUCUGGCCUGAGGGAACGGAUGACGAAGAUUUCUUUGUGGUGCCCGGAGAUGAGGAUGACGCUGUUGCUACUGUUGCUGGUCCCGAAGUUCUAGGCGACAAGGCAGGAGACAGCGAAGAGAAGCAACACAGCGACAUUCCCCAGAUUUUCGUCGACAACUUUGAGGAUGAUGAAGCCGAUGAAGCCGAUACCAGCUCUUGCAGCGACUCUGACGAUGUGGACAGCGUCGAUGGCAUCAUGGGCGUUCACGACGGACCGGUCAAGGCCGCGGUUCUGGAGCCGAUUGAGGGCACGGGUGAGAGCUUUGAGCUCUGGGAGAGCGAGAGCGCGAAGGACCAGCAGAGCGUGCCGUCCUCGCCUGCGCGUGAGGGUGUUUUGGGGGAGGUGGAUAUUGCUGAAUGCUAGUGGUUUUGGGAUGAAUCCUCUUCUGUUGUUCGUUAAGUCGAGCAUCACCUUCAACGCUUGUCACGACAUCGCCAUCAACAUCAUCAUCGGAACACCCUGAUGGAUGGAUCAGUACAGUACAUGUCUAUAACAGUGGUCCCUAUCAUGAGGGGCAGGCGUCCUCGGAAGCUGGGGCUGAACGUCAAGGCCGAGAAAGAGCCAUGACACGCUACGUGGCUGUGAAUGGAGUUUACAGGCGUUUGCUUACGCCUUGAGGAUUGUGGAAUGGAAUUGAUGAAGAUAUCAUGGAUUGGGGGAUUAUUUGCUUCAGAUGAUGGAGUACUGGAGUUUGAACGAACAAAUGCUUGCUUGGGUUUACGUGUACAGUGUUGAUUACGAGCUAGCUAGGCCAAAGGAGCUUUUUGAUAGCUUGACGAAUGAUAGAUAGUAUACAUUAUUUUGCUGUUUGUAGCUU